AUGGAGUCAAGCCAUUCUGAAACAGAGUCAUUCGCUAAAUUAUAUAUCCAUCUCAAAUUCAAUGAAACAGGUGAUGUGAUUGCAAAAGAUAACAGCGAUCAUGAUUAUUUUGGAAUACUCAGAAAUAACGCGAUGUUUGUUGCCGGUAGAAAUGAUGGUAAUACUGCUCUGCUCAAUGGAAUCCAUGGUUACGUGGAACUACCUCGAGAUUUGGUUCUUCCUUCGGUAGAUUUUACUAUAACAACAUACAAAGAAUAUCUUGAAACUGAGAGUAAGUAUAAACUUCAAGUUAUUCCGAAUAAAGAAACCCACUUUCAUAAAAUGAAAGCAAAAUAUAUCUUUGAAUGGUUUUAUCAUUGGAUUCACAAUUACAAUCUGUUCAUACCUGACGAAGAUGAAUACGAUGACAAUUCUCAACCGACAGAUCCCGAAAUAAGUCUCAAAUAUCAAAGAUAUACAACUCGUUUAUAUGUUUUUCUUCUCGCCGUAUUUCUCUACAUUCUCUUUCUGAUCGCAUUAAUACUUCCGCAAACUGGUGUUGUGAUCAUCGAACAUGUUACUCCAGAUAUUUUUGGCAAACUUCAAGCUGAACAUGGUGAAACACUCUCAUGUCCAUGUUCCACAACGAUUGUACCGUACAAAGACUUUGUGACUAAUACAGUCUUCUAUCAUCCCAUUUGUUCGAGUAUUUUCGUUGAUGAACGAUGGAUUAGAGCGCUCUAUUUAUCCUAUUCAAGUACAUUCCUCGUCGUGGAUUUUCGAACCACCGCUAGUUUUCAAUUCAAGCUCCUUGCUGCUCUUUGUUCUCUCGCAAUGCGUACUGUCACGCAAACUUUGACUGAACUUGAUAGUACUCAAUUGAUUACCAUUCAGCUUCUUUCAGAAAGUAACGUUCGUUCUCAAAUCAUCGGCAAUGUUGAACUUCUUCGUUCUNAUGUGAGUUUGAUCAUGGGUAAUAAUGACUAUGAACAACCGAUUUGUUUCGAACAUCCAUUGAUGACUUCGAGUGAAGCUUUAACAAAAAUUGCUGCUACCUUUUCUCCCGAACGAAGUCCAAUGAUCGCAGACUAUUACCAUUUGCAUAACUGUUCAAUGAGACCUACUGCGAAUGCUACUCGUUGCUGUGAUAUCGUUCGUCGAAUAUUAAUGGACUCUAUAUUUGACUGUGAUAUUCGUCGAUUAUUCAAUGCAUUUUAUGCAAAAUAUGGCGCACAGUAUGAACAGGAUAAAUUAUUCUCUUAUCAUUUGAACUGUUACCCUCUAUGUCCUAUUGUACAGCAAGAAGGUAUAUGUCGCCAUUCAUCUGAAAUUCCAUUUGUAUUCGGAACUGUUAGUGACGUCGCUUCGCAACGGGAAUUUCAUUGUACGUGGAAUAAUCAAACGCGAUUUUUUUCGAACAAUAUCAUUUCACAUUGGAUCAGUAUUGCUCAGACGGGCAGACCACUUCAUACAUGGCCAAGUUAUGAUCCAUUGGCACCGAAAUAUCUUCACCUUACACCCGAUCAGGGCUUUUUACCUACGGAUUGGAAUAGAAAUUGCUCGAUUUUUGAUGAGAUUGAAGCAGAACGUGCGAGAGAAUUAUUUCUAUUCUGA